GCUUUUCUUCAAUAACUUUUUAGAGAAGGAUGAUUACGAAAAUGAAAGUGUGUAUGGUUUACCACCAGAAGAUAAAUUAGUAAUGUCGUUGAAUGCCGAACCGCGACAGACCACUGGAGAUUCGAUCGCUGAAAUUGCUAGGAAUGUGGCUACAGUAUUUGCACGUGGGCGGGCCAAACAGCUCGAACCCCAUUUACGAUCAGAAUUAGAGAAUGAACUUGGAAGAUUCAAAAUUUGGGCAGGCAACUUGGGUGUUUUUGCUCCAGGUCGAGCAUCGGUGGAUUACCGACUUCGUGAUGAUGCUGAUGUUAAAGAAGUCUUGAUUCAAAUGUUGGAUCGCCUAAGACAAAGCACGAAACAAGCAAUGGAUCCGCCGGUAAUACUAGAAGAGGAGGAGAAGAGUGAAAAGGAUGAUAGUUCGGAUUCAUCAGAAGACUCGAUGGCCAUUAGUUUGGACAGUGAAUCAGAUGCAGAGUCCGAAACGGAUGAUCUACCCAGUCUUCAUAGUGCUGAAGUCGUAGCGACAGCUCUAAAUACGAUCAAAGACACAAUUACUCGUCUUUAUAGGCUUUCUACAAUUAUAAAAAAGCCUAGCUCAGCGAAUGAAAAUGUGAAAGUGGCAAACUUCAUAGCAAAAGAUGAAGAUUCGACGGAACUCACAGAAUUCCAAACCUCUGUCCGCUGGCAAAUAGAAUUCCGACUCCCUGAUGCUUCACCGACCUUACUUGAUAGACUGGUAGAAGCUGCAGUAUUUCGAAGAAGAAAAUUAGAAUACCGAGAGAGACAUAAAGAAAAGUUAAAGCAGGGCGUCGAGCGUUCGUUCGCGUCAGAUUUGGUUCUUUCACUUGAACCCAAAGACUUGGCAAUUCGACCAGCAGGAGCUCAGCAUAGAGGUACGCCGAUUCUUAGACGAAAGUCAAGCUCGGCCAGAGGCUCUAUCAGUACCAUGCAGUAUUCUGCUACUGAAGCUUCUUCUGUGAACCGUCUCAAUUUUGCGUCUUAUCCGAAAUCAGUCGCAAUUUCUGGCAUAACAAAGUCAGCUGUUGCCCGUCGAGAACAGCUAGAUGUUCCCGCCCCACCUUCGAAGUCAGAGGGUGAAGUUAAGGAAACAGUCUGCCCUUAUUGUUUUCGUAUUGUUGAUAAGGAGGAUAUGAUUCAUGCUCGUUGGAAGCGACACGUACUACGAGAUAUAGAACCAUAUGUAUGCCUUUUUGAUGGAUGUAACAAGUCAACAGAAUGUUUCGCAACGAUAGAAGACUGGGUCAAUCAUAUGCAAUGGCAACAUGCUGUGGUGUGGUGCUGCCAGGUGCCCGGCCACGAAUCAACAGUCUACCGUUCUGAAGAAGAGUUUAAGCAUCACUUACGCGAGGAGCAUAAAAAUGCUUUCAACGAGGCUCAGCUAUCCAUGAUUGUGAAAAAAGCUUCGCAGCCCGUUUCGGACCUUUUCGGCUCAUGUGCUCUUGCAUCUAAGGGCAAUGAAAACGAGUCCCAUACAGCAGGAGCUUGUCCACUCUGCCCGUUCUCGGUGGAUAUUCCAGAACAUAAUCCAUCAACAAACAACUUGGAAGUAGCAGAAGCAUCACUGACAUCAUCCAAAAAGCUUCGCGAUCAUAUAGCUUCCCAUAUGGAAGCCAUUGCUCUUCUCUCAUUACCAGAACGCGACGAUCUCGAUGAUGCGAACACGAAUGAACGGCAAUCAGAGCACACAUAUCAUAGUCUCGAUCAAGAUGCCGUGGAUUUACCACUGAUAGCGUCCAUUGUUGAGAACGACGACGACGAAAUAAGCCCAGAUCAUGCUCAGCAUUCAAUAGAGCCCACAGGCUCGGAGUAUACAUCGAGAGGUGAUUGGAAUUACAUCCUUGAAGAUAAACGAGUCAAGCUGAGGCAAGAUCUGGAGCCGGUCCAGGAUCUCACACUACAAGAGUUUGUAAAAAGAGCCAGACGCGAAGAGAUGUUUCGACGGUGGAAAAUCGAUAGGAUUCCUCCUAUUGUUCUCCAUACCCCCGAUGGGAUAGAAACUAGUCCACUUAUUGAUGGAAAUCAAGCAUAUUCUACGGUCGAUAAGGUGCCUGAUAUAUUUGUGAGCAACGCGGAUAACUUCCAAUCAUCUGUCGAGCAUUAUUAUUCUGGUUUCCAAAAUGGUUCUCAAUUUGCUCUUGCUUUCUGGGACCAUACAGCCUACAAAUGUUGUUUUCUUGAUGACUACUGUCAGCAAACAUUCAGAGAUGAGGAAUCUCUGCAAACACACUUUGAGACUUCCCAUUUCCAAUUUACCCGCGUCGAUCCAUGUCUUCAAACAGUCUGCAUUAAUUGUUUAACUGCUGAUUUUGAAUCCACUUGCAAUUGUGGCGGAGAUGUGAAAUUGUGUAUUUUAGGGAAGUACAUUCGAGAUGCCUCAUCAAUGCAUCCAAAAUUCACAAGUACUGUCCGGCACACACCAACUCGUUACAUUGACACAACCGAAAUACAAGAUUCAAGAGAUGGGACUGCUAUGAUGGAGGCAGAUAGCGCUUAUCGUGAAAUCGUCAGGGCCAGGAGAAUUGCUGAAGAAGAGCAGCGCUCCCCGUAUUCGAUUGUUGAUAAGUAUUUAUUAGAAUAAUUCUCAGUCAUUUCUUUACAUCUAUUAAAUCUCUCAAACGGAGGUGCAUAGAAAUUUGCUGCCAGCAACUGCGUUUGGGCACGUACCCCACGAACUUCAUGUGAAAGUUGCAAUACCAAGACUUAUUAUGAGGCUGGGAAGACACGGGAUAAGUCUUCCUCGAUUCAUCGAUUCAGAUUCGAGUUGAAUAGAAGACCA